GUUAGUCUUUGAGUGUCGAAGCGGGUCUUCCCCUUGUAGGUUCCGUGGUUUCGACGGGGAGCAGGGGGCGAGGAAUUGCGUAGUGGGGUUCAUUGCGGCCCUUGCAUGUGGGAUUUCGUGCUUCGUUGCUUGGGUGCCGUUGGGUCAGGCCUGUGCUAGCGAUUCGUCUCCUCACCCUCCUUUUUGGGUUUUACCCUAGUCUUGGUGUUCUGGGGUGUGUUGUAUAGUUCUUUUGGGGCUAGACAGUCUGGUUAUCGUCGUGUAGGUCGUGUUGUCCAUGUUGGUGAAUUAGUGUUUUAACUGUCGGGGCUGUUAGGGGUCGCAAUGAUCCCACCGAAGUGAAACGUUUACUUUUCGUGGAGUUGGGGGGUUUGUUCACAUUGGCGAUAGUUCUUUCACGAGGGGAAAGAGUGUGACAUCUUAGCGCACUCUAUAUCUCGGACCAUUUGGGUGGCUCUUUGAAUACAUUGAAGAACAGGGUCGAUUCAGGGGAAGCAGCCAUGCCCUCCGAACUUCUCAGUAUUCAGCCUGGGGAGCUGAAGUUUCCAUUUGAGGUGAAGAAGCAGAUAUCAGCUUCGCUUCGGCUCAUCAACUCUACCGAUCAGUAUGUGGCUUUCAAGGUCAAGACGACUUCCCCAAAGAAGUAUUGUGUGCGGCCGAACACCGGCAUCGUUCAGCCUCAUAGCAGUGCAGAAGUUACCGUUACAAUGCAAGCACAGCGAGAAGCUCCUCCAGACAUGCAAUGCAAGGAUAAAUUUCUCGUUCAGAGUGUAAUAGCACCAAACUCGGAGGUUACUCAAGAGAUGUUCAAUAAGGAAGGAGGAAACGAGGUGCAUGAAGCAAAACUGAAAGUUUUGUAUGUCUCACCACCUCAACCACCAUCACCUAUCACAGAAACAAAUGAGGAAGAGGGGAACUCACCAAAAGCUGCUGCAGUGAUAGAUAAUGGUGAUCGGCACCAUAUACUCCCCGAUCUGACGACAAAGACUGAGAAUGAGUGGAAAUACAAGUUGAAUGAGACAAAGGCAUCUCUUAGUCUUCUGACGGAAGAACGAAAUCAGGCUGUGCAAAAAUGUCGAGCCUUGCAGCAAGAGUUGCUUACGUACAAGAGUGGGAACUCAAGAUCUGGUGGAGGUUUAGCGCUAAAAGAUGGUCAGAAGUCGCAAUCAGGAUUUUCGUUCUUGUUUGUUAUGCUCGUUGGCCUGUUGGGCGUGCUUAUAGGCUAUCUCCUCGGAGGCUAGAUCUUAAUUUUGCACAAAGUAACGUGAACAAAAGUAGGGUGCGAAGUAGGAGCUGCGUUUAGUUGGCUCAACGUGUAUGGGUACCAGGAGCUUGUUGGAGAGAAGUCCUGCUCUCUUUGGAGUUUCUGGAAUAGGUUAUUUUGUAUCUAUGGUACAGAGGUUAGGGAGGUUCUUUCCAGCACCCACGCCCUCAGACGCUGGCAUGAGCAUGGGUAUGGGUUGUCCUUGGUAAUGCGAGUAGGUUUUGAUCUGCACUGGUAGGCACGGUAGAGAUGAUUUUAUUCCUUAUUUUAAUUUUUAUCCAUAUUUAGUUCUCAGGAAUAAUUCGUUCUCAAUGAUGGAGUUCACCACUAUGCUGCCUUCUACUGCCCGAUACUUUUGUGCAGGUUUUGUAAAACACUGGUUACGUAAGUCGCGUACUAUUAAGUAAUAGGAUGGGCAAGGCGCCCGUACUUUGGUCCGCCUUUUUCUUUGAAAGAUGAGGUUUUCUGUUUAAGAUUUUUUUUCAGUGUCCCCAAUAUAUCUUCAUUGACAUUUCCG